AAUGCAAACACAUCCAAUAAUAUGGCCCCAUCCCUGUCACUUGAUUGACAGGUUUCCAUGUAGACGUUGAAAAUUCAAAUGCAAAAGGAAUUGCGAUUCCAUUUGAGUUUUGGCAGUUUACAUGUGCAGUGCAGAGAGAGUGUAAAGGCUAAUGUGGUAAUUAAUAUUGCUAUUUAAAUAUGACAGGCUCAUAGCUCAUAAGAUAUUACAAGCAAUUGCAAAUUGACUUUGCAUUUCCUUUUUAAAUUUGGCAGACACUGUGCAUUCGCUUAAACGGAAAUGCAAAUGGUAAUGCGCGAUUUGCGUUUGGAUUAAUCACAUUUUAUGCGUUCACAAAUUGUAAAAAAUACAACAUGCAAUUCCUUUUGAAUAAUGUCCGGAAUAUCAUUCCAUAGAACGUUGAAGGCGAACGUAAAUGAGAUAUACAGCUCUCUGCUUGCAGCGCGUCAGUCACGCUCAUCAGGAAAGUGAGUGAAACACACACACAAACACACAUAAUAAUCUAAUUAAUUGUAUAGUUCCCCAGAAACAAUUAGAAUUCUGUCAUCACUCACCCUUAAGAUGCUCCAGUCCAAAGCAUCUAAUGCUAUCGCUCAUCUUCGAAAAAGUGGAGAUAUUUGAAUGAAAUAUUUCUGAGAGAUUUAUUUCCCGAUGAUUCACCAAUGAUGUUCAAGCGCGGUAAAGUUAGUUUUAGGUUUGAUAUUCACUGGAUAUUCGCCUAGACUUGCUUUAGGGACCGUCUGCAAAUUAACUUUUCAGUACAAAACGAAGUCCAAUAAUUAAUACAAAUUAUGUUUCCAAUGCCACAGUAAAUGCCUCGUGGGCAAACUGACAGAAAAUAUUUAAUCUAGUAUUAUUCUAUAGUAUUAUUGAAGUAAUAUCUCCCUUACUGCAUGUAGAGUACACACAAGCUAUUUUUUUAAAAUCUAUAGACAAGUUUCCCGGCCACUUCCGGUUUACUUCCUGUUUCUGCCAAGAAUUUCCGGUGCGGGCUGAGUAGUGGUGCAAAAAUGGCGUUGGAAUGGCAACAUUCGACCGAAAAGCUUGUUAAAAAUGGUGUUUUGACUAUUCCACAUCCAAGUAAGGUAACAUCAUGGGCGGACAACAUGUCGAUAUGGCCCAGCAUAACAACAUCCAAGAUAUUUUCUUAUUUUAUUGAUUCCAUGGCGGUAGAUGGGAAUGCAAUUAAUAACCUGAAAAGCUCUGAGGCGUUUCAGUAUCUCCAUUCAGACAAAGUUGGCUGUGUACUUUUACACGAUAUGGGCAGUUUAAUUUACCUAAAGGCCGAUGUUCAACCAAGCCAGUCCGUUAACAAUUCAGCACAUAACGCCUGGGUUUUAGUUACCAAGACGGGAGAUGUGGAGACUGCAGGCUGUACCUGUAUCGCCGGACCCGGACGUUCCUGUAGCCAUUCAGCCGCCGUGCUUUGGAAGGUAGAAAAUGCUGUGAGGCAAGGGAAGACAGGGCUUGCCUGCACUGAUAUGCAGAAUUGCUGGAAUGCCGGGACAAAAAGCAAUACUGGGCAGCAAAAAAUCAGAGAUGUGUCUUUCCGAAGACACAGCAGAAAUAACCUAUACCAACCAGCAUCACAGGCAUCCUCCUCCAGCAUAGUUUCUACACCUAGUCGCAAGGUAAAAGUCCAUGAGACACUGGAAGAAUGGCAAAAUUACUGUCUCUCCACACCAAUAGCGGCACUUUUCACUGCACCUGGCAGUGGACUAAUGCAGCUCACUUUUAACACCAGCCUCCCUGCUCAGUCUGCCGAGACAUCAAAAGCUCCACUGCCCCUACAUCAUGGUGAUCACAACACACAACUGGAAUGUGAGAAAUGUAGGGCAUUCUACACCACAUACAUUGACAUGACCACAACCCAAUUUAUGUACAUUGAGCAGCACACAAAAGAACAGAGCAGGGAACAACUGUGGCAUGACAUGCGACGGGUACGGAUAACAGCAAGCACAGCCAAGAAUGUGCCAGUUCGGGCUACCACAGCACCAGACAAAUUCUUGUCUGAACACCUCCAUCCUACCUUUCCAGGUAACGCAGCAACCCGGCAAGGAGCAGAGGGUGAAGAGCACGCCAGUGAAUACCUGCAAGACCAAGGUCAUGACAUCGAUGUGAAAGGUUUGGUGGUUUGCCCGAGUGAGCCAUGGCUUGCUGUGAGUCCGGAUGGUGUCAUGAACAGAGACACACUACUGGAGAUCAAGUGCCCUGUCUUAGUCAAAAACCAGUCCCUUACUGAAGCACUUGCUGCUAAAAGCAGUGAGAUCAAACGUAUGCCCACAGGGGAAUGCCAUCUGUCCUUCAAUGGGCCAAAGGGACAUUACAUGCAGGUGCAACUGGGCAUGCACUGCACAGGGCUACGGCAAGCCUUGUUGGUGAUUUGGAGUAACACUGAAUGUCUGCAGCUCAACGUGCUCUACGACCAAACCUUUGUUGAGGGACAUAUCUCAAGGCUACACUCCUUCUAUUUCACCCACAUGUUGCCAAAAGUUGUCGAUGACUUCGAUGAUGGAAGGCUGGAGUUGUGUUCCAGAUACAUGGAUGUUGUAAAAUCAGCAUGACCUGCUUAUGUGUACUGGGGUGAUUAGUCAUUCAUUUUUUAACCCCUUGUCCCCUGUUGUCACAAAUUUGUGACAAAUCCUUUCUAGCUUUUAUUUAUUUUUAUCAAACUGAUUUAUUUUCUUUUACUUACUCUUAUUUAUUUUUAUAUCAGUCACUUAUUUCUUUAUUUAUUGAUUUUAUUUAUUUAAUAUUUUAUUCCAGUCUUUUUCUUUUUGUGAUAGUGUGAGAUUUUUUUCCUGUAUUUACUUUGUUUUUAUUUAAUUAUUUUAAAAAAAUCAUCCAUUAAGGAGUUAAUGAAAUUGUCCCUUUGUUAUGGAAUAGGAUCAAUAAAAAUGAAUUCAUUUCUUCUCAAAUCAAUUUUUUUAUUGUCAUGUGUCAAUAUUUACAAUACAAGAAAAAGAAUAGCACUCACAUGUUUUUCUUAGUUAAAACUCUGUUUUGUCUUAUCAAAAAUCACAACACCAGAAAGGGAACAAUAACAAUAAAUGUACACAGGUUUUUCUAGCUGAAAUUAUUUAUAUUUAUAUAUAUAUAUAUAUAUAUAUAUAUAUAUAUAUAUAUAUAUAUACAUACAUAAAAUAAAGGAAUAUGUACAAUUUAAAAAAAAAAAAACAACUGCAGGUAACCCAGGUUUUGAUUUUCAUAGGGACUUAAACCUCAUGUGAAAAAGAAUAGCACUCACAAGUUUUUCUUAGUUGAAACUUUGUUUUGUCUUAUCAAUAAUCACAACACCAGAAAGGGAACAAUACAUUUACACAGGUUUUUCUAGCUGAAAGUAUAUAUAUAUAAAAUAAAAAAGGAAUAUGUACAAAAAAAAAAAAAA